AUGAAAAAUCAUAUAAUUAUUAUAUUUGUUAUUAGUUUUUUAGUUUUUAUAAAUGCAGAUAUACAAUUGGUUACAAAAACUGAUAUGUACCCAUCGGGUAUCGGUGGCUUGAUAAGUUGCGCUCGAAGGUAUACUCUUGUGUUUUCUUCUGAUCAAUUUAUAAAUUAUGGUAGCAUCAUUUGGCCCAAUCAAACUCAAUCUGGUGGAUUGUCUUUUGGAACCGCUCCAUUAGUUUUUACCAAUACAACAUCACAAAAUAAUUUGAAUUAUCAAAUGUUUAACAUUCAAUAUACUACCAGUGCCGGUGCAAAUCUAUUCGAUAUCCGUGUCACAACAACGAGCGAUUCAGCUUACUUUGUAUUGGAACCAAACUAUAAUUGUCAACUUCUUACUCCUGAUAUGUUGAAUCCAGUUGUUGGUGUUUCAGUUUACAAUCCAAUUGUAAGCGCCCAAACCAAUUCAAUAUAUUUACAAAAUUUUACUCUAGACCUGAUGAACAUUAAUAAUGCUCCAAUUAUAAGUUGCCAAUCUUCAGAUAUAUCCUUUCUUUGUCAAACUAGAUCUGUUACAAGUGAUGCCUAUAAGAAUGAACUUUCACUUAUCAUCCUCCCCAAUCCAGAUUCAAACUUGCCGUUACCAGAGACAUUCAAUGUUACUCUCAUUAUACAGAUUCUAGACCGUGUCGAAAAAAAACUUGUCCUUCCAAGUGCAUUUCCUAAAAAUUUAAAAAGAUCGACCACUGUCACGAGUCUUUCAUUUAAGCCAGUCACAGAUACAUACACCCAGAAUUUCCUUGCUAUCAUACCAGGUGCUUCAAUUUUGGUAACUUACAGUAACUUGGAUUCCAGUUCAGUGCUGUCUAUACCGGGUGCACCAUUACCUGGAGCCAUGGUUUUGGCAAACGACACCUCUACAUCUUUCCUUCAAAUUUUUGGAGCCAACACUAUAUAUUCUCAAUAUUACUGUGAUACAAAUUGUACAUUAGUUGGUCAAAAAAGUUAUACUAUAGAACUAUAUCCAAAUUAUACACCACUUUAUGUUAAUAUCACCAAAACCCAAGACCUGAUACCAAACACCUUUAUUUUCGAAAACAAGGCACCCAUUCCUUAUAUUACUAUAAGUUCAAUUGUAUUCACUACGAUCAAUCAAUUUAAUUAUGAAUCAUAUCCAUUUGGUUAUAUAGAUAACUACAAUUAUGGAUUCACUUCUAUCUCACAAGAUAUAUUUCUUGGAGACUAUUAUGCUACAAUCUUUGGAAAACAAAAUAGCUCAAUAGGAACAAAAGAUCGUAAAUCCCAAACAUAUUCCGCAGAAAAAUAUUAUGCCAGUGGAGAUAUUGUUGGUCCAAAUUUGGAGAGAUUGCCUUUUUUGACUGGUAUAUUUACUUUUAGAAUAUAUAAUAUUACCUAUUUCCACUUUGAAAAGAAUAAUAUUGAUAUGAGUGAUGGUGGAGAUGUAGAAAAUGUGCUCUGGAUAAGUUUUAAUAAAAACGUUCCAGGUGGCACACCAGUUCUCACCUUUGGAUUAUUCACCCAAUUAGAUUCCUUUGUUGAGCAAAAUACAUUCUAUGGUGAAUAUGUCCCUGAAAAGGAUAUGUACAGAAUCGAUUUUAUCAUGACAAACUGUUUUCCAGGUUCACAAUCCUAUUAUUUCCACUCUGCAAAUGCCAUGUAUUUAAGUACAGACAUACAGAGUGCUAUAGGAAGCAAUGCAACACUUAAUGUAUUACAUUCCUAUGGUGAUUAUUUAAGACCUUCACUUGUAGAGUUAACUACAAACAAAAAUUUAAAUAUUCCACUCGAACUGAAUAUAACACUUGGUUGGCUUUUCAGAGUCACAGAUUAUCCAAAUGGAUUUUUGAAUGGUUCAUUGGAUUUCCUCUCUGACAAGGAUUUGAAGAUAAAUACCAUUCGUUUCAAUGAAACAUCGAGAGUCAGUGGAGAUAAAUACGAUGGAUACUAUAGUGUUAAUUUCACAGUCAAUGGCGAUACUUGCAGAUCGCAAACCUUUAUGAUUUUAAAUUUGAAUCUUUACGACCAAUACCCAGCACCUUCAGUAUUGGGACCCGGAAUCUCCUCAAUCUAUGAUAUCUAUGGAACAGUUUAUGAACAAUAUUUAAAUAUUACAAUCAAUUGUCAACUUGCUGUUGAUACAAUUCUUCCAAAAUUAGAAACAUUAUCAUUCACAAAAACAGUGGAUGUAGGAUCAAGUAAUAGAGAGUUUGAAGCAAUUUUCUCGAUUUCAGAUGUUGGUUCAGGAAUUUCAGAGAGACAUAAUCCACAUGUCUAUAUCUUGUCUGACAAUCCCGAUACAUUUACAAUCCAAUCGACUGUACUCAAUUAUACCUCCAAAUUGGCAUUCUACUCUGCCAAAGCACAGCUACCAUGGGGAUUCGGUCAAAACAAUUUACUUUUCUCAAUCUAUGGUCUCACGGAUAAUUAUUUGAAUAUUAAAGGAUAUUCAUCUAUGGAUUUACAUAGUGCUGGAUUCGAUUACUCCAUCACCAGACAACAGUCAUUUGUUGAUCCAAUACUUGAGAGUUGCACUCAAAUCACAAAAAAAGGUGGACCAUUGGUUAUUUUUGGUCAUAAUCUUUAUAAACCACAAUCAAUAUCCUUUCAGCUUUUAAUCAACUAUAAUAAUGGAAGCAACUGGGCACCUGUUACUUCUCUGACAAUGAAAUCAGUAACUACACUUAGAACUGACGUUUCACCAUUCACGGCAGAUUAUAUUCAAGUCAAGUUUGUUUUUAGCAAUCUAGUGGAAUCAAAUAUAUUGGAUAUCUACCCGUUGAUUAGAACAUUGAAACCACCAAGACCAACAACUACACCGAAACCAACAGUUACGCCAUCACCAAAUCCAAAUCUAUGUCCAGGAGAACCAGUUUGUAACAAUCAAGGUGAAUGCUUGUCAACUGGUUGCAAAUGUAAUGCUCCAUGGUAUGGUCCAUCUUGUUCAUCGAAAGUCAGACCAACACCAAUUCCACCACCUGCCGAAAAUCCAUCAGUUGAAUUCAAUGUUACAACACCAGAUUCACCAAACCAAUUGAUUACUGCUAAAAUUAGUGUAGUAUCAUUGUUAGAGUUGAAUUCUGAAAUGAUUCAAGUCAAUAAUUUCACACUUGGACAAUGGAAUUUAACUUCAUCCGUAUCCAACGAUGACAAGACAACCUACAGUUACUAUUCAUAUUUAAAUGGAAGAAAUACAAUUGUCAACACAACAAUCGAUUUCUUCAAGAAGGAAUCAAACAUCACUUUUGCAGGUGGUGUUAUCAACAUUGUUCCAUUCACAAUCAAAUUCACAAUAGCUGUAAAUCAUUUCGAUUUCGUUGACCGACUUUCAUUGAUGCAAAUUACGAUGGAGGCAACUAUCACCUCGUCAGAUUCCGAUGCUUGUUCAUCAAAGUUCAUUGGUGAGGAAUCGAAUGACAAUGUUCAAUGGGUGAAGAUGAACAUCAAUGACAACUCGUUGUAUGGUAGAUUCUUGGAUCGUGCGUUGGUUGACAACAAUGUCAUCACAUCAAAGAACGUUAUCAUUGAAGACGGCGAAUCUAAAGACUCAUACGAUUCUGUCACGUCGAAGAUCGGUAUUAUCAUUCCAUACUAUGAGAUCAACGCGAUUAUAGACCCUGAUUUUUCAACACUGAUCGAUACUAGCUACGAUGGACCAAGCAAGACAUGCAAAAAGAAAGGAUUAUCAACUGGUGCAAUCGUUGCUAUUGCCGUAAGUUGUGGUGCUUUUGCCUGUGCUAUGGUGGUAGGAUCGAUCAUUUUCAUCAAAAAGCAAAGGAAAUUUAAAAGGCAAAACAAAGUUAUGAAACAGAAGCUUGAAAGAAUGUCAGCAAAAGAUUAA